UCUCCCUCCUUCAGCAGUAACCUUGCCAGCUGGGGUAUAUAGGGAAGGAAAGGCCGAGGAACUUCACUCACAACCAGACAACCACAGUCACCACCAGCACCACCAGCUACCAGUCACCAGUCACCAUGAAGAUCGCCAUUGUCCUCUGCCUCGCCGCCCUGGUCGCCGCCGAGAAGCUCCCAGCAGCCAGCCCUCCUCCCCCAGUAGCUAUCCUUCUCCAGAGCCAGGUUAACCCCGAUGCCUUGGGUGCCCACAGCUCUAACUUCGAGUCAGAGGAUGGUAUCUCAGUCUCCCAGUCCGGCAGUGAGAGUCUGACUGGUGGUUCCAACAUCGCCGGUUCCUUCAGCUUCCCCAUCAACGGAGAGAUCGUGACAGUGACCUACGUGGCUGACGAGGGUGGCUUCAGGCCCGACUCAGUCCUCCUGCCCGUCGCUCCCCAGCCCCUCCACCCAAUGCCCCAGCACGCCAUUGACCAGAUCGAGAAGGCACGACUUGAAGAUGAGGCUAAGGCACGUGAGGAAGCCGCUGCCCCCGCCGCCGCCAGAAAGUAGGCAGCCCCGCAUCACCAGUUUCGACUUUAAUUUAUUUCACACGAGUCUUUCCCGGUAUUUAUUAAUGUAUUCAAAUAAAGUCUCCGCAAUGUAA